CGGCGGAAGGUGAACGCAGCUUCUGAUAUUCCUGUCUGUGAUUCCUCCAUUUACUCCACUCCCCUCUCCUUCCGCUGCCGGUGAGGGUGUGUUGGGACUGAAUUGACCCGGGUCCGCAGUGCACUCCGACCUGGUUCAACAAGCGUGGGUGAAGAUGCUGCCUGUCUACUUGCUGAUUGCCUCGCUUGUCACUGGGGCUGACUUGACUGAAAGUCCUUGUCUGCUGUCUGAUGUCCUGUGUACCACUGCGGACUAUCAGCUCCGGCGUUACAAAGAAUCGGUCUGGGUUGGAACACACGUGGAUGUCAGCAUCAGCCCCAAGGUUGACACUUCCAUGCAGCGCCUAUUGAGCUAUACAAGAGGGGGAAACUCUGAAGAAUUGUGGAUCCAAAGCAAUGGACAAUUUCUCAUUUCAUUCACCGGAGAUGGAGAGAUUACAAUGUAUUUGUUGGUUCCCGAAGAACUUUGGGAAAACCCUCCAACACCAACAAGCCCACAAGCGUUUAUAACUCGUUUCCCGACGAUGGACGUGCUCUCCAGGAGGAUUCGUUGGAAUGCCAUGACCCAGGCAAAUGACUUCAAUCGCACGCUCACGGAGCAGAAUGCCAAAUUCAACAACUCCUUCUUCUUCGUGUCUUUCUGCAAAGGCUCAGAUGGGUUUGGGAGCUUGGCUUGCCCCAGUCUAUGUCGGAUUGAAGUUGCAGCUGUGCUUCCCUGUUCAGGGGUUAUUAAGUCACCAGGUGAGGCCAUCGCUAAUGUGAACUCCAAGAAACAUUAUUGA